UAAACAACAAACACGUGUGGAAGUUUGUAUAAAUUCUUUAAAUUACUAAUUUUGUUUAAAAAUUUCAAUAAUUGGGCAAAAAAUUAAAUAUAAAUUAAAAUAUUUGCUUUUAAAGUGUAAACUAUGACAGACUUCCAUCAAUUUAGUGAUGCCGACGAAGAAGAGGAGUCACCAAAGCCAUUUAAAGAAAAUUUGGCCAGAAAAUUUAGUAAAUUAACAGUAAAACAUGUUAUGUUUAAAGAUUUAAGCGAAAAAACUAAUGAAAAUGAUGAUUUAAAAGAAAAGAUUUUAAAUGAAGAAGAGGAGGAAGAUGCAAAUGAAGAAGAGUGUGAUUUGGACUAUGAUGACUAUGAAGAGGAUGAAGACUAUGAGGAUAAUUAUGAUUAUGAGGAAAAUUAUGCAGGUUUUCAGAAGCACAACCAUAAUCAAGUUUCCUUAAGUACAGGAGGAGUUGGUGGUAAUACAGGUGGCUCGAAUUCCACACAACGUGUCAGCAGUUACCAACCUAAUGAAAAAAUGUUCACACGUUAUUCAGCACGCAUUAAUGUGGAAAAAUAUGAUCCCACCACAAAUAUGUCGGCUCAAGCGGCAAAUCGUUUAGUUAACUUUGGCUCCAAGCAGGAUAAUAAAGUGAAAAUACGUGAUAAACAUGAUCGAGCCACAGCGGAACAGGUAAUGGAUCCACGCACUAGAAUGAUUUUGUUUAAGCUAUUGAAUCGUGGCCUGAUUCAAGAAAUCAAUGGUUGCAUUUCCACUGGCAAAGAGGCCAAUGUUUAUCAUGCUUUGGCCCGUGAUACAGAUGAUGAAUUUGCUAUAAAGAUCUAUAAAACCUCGAUAUUAGUGUUUAAGGAUCGUGAUAAGUAUGUGAGUGGAGAGUUUCGUUUCCGCCACGGUUAUUGUAAAUCAAAUCCUCGUAAAAUGGUACGCACUUGGGCGGAGAAGGAAAUGCGUAACUAUUUGAGAAUGUUUAAUGCUGGAGUACCAGUGCCAGAACCCAUUUUAUUACGUUCCCAUGUUUUGGUUAUGAGAUUUUGUGGCAAAAAUGGUUGGCCUUCGCCUAAACUAAAAGACGUAGAAAUAACUACUUCCAAGGCUAGAGAACUUUAUCGUGAUUGUGUGGUUUUAAUGUGGAAAAUCUAUAAUAAAUGUCGUUUGGUUCAUGCUGAUCUUUCGGAAUUCAAUAUUUUAGUGCAAGAUGGUCAGCUUAUCAUCAUAGAUGUCUCUCAGUCUGUGGAAUAUGAUCAUCCACAUGCAUUUGAUUUCUUGCGUAAAGAUUGUACCAAUGUUUCUGAGUUCUUCCGUAAAAAAUCGGUGGCCACCAUGACCGUUAAGGAGCUGUUUGAUUUUAUUACCGAUCAAACAAUAACCGAGGAAAAUAUGGAGUCAUGUUUGGAAAAGAUUUCCGAACAAAUAAAAGAUCGUGAUUUUGAGGCUAUAACAGCGCAAGAGAAAAUCGAUGAGGCAGUUUGGCAAAAUACCUUUAUACCCAAGCGAUUGGAUGAGGUGCGCUAUUUUGAGCGUGAUGUAGACAAGGCUAAAAAAGGGGAGAAGGCUAAUUUGAUUUAUGGUAAAAUUACGGGACUCAAUGAUCAAUUGGAAGUACAAAAGAAACCAGAAAUUCUAACAGAAAACGAGGAGAAUAAGAAAAAUUUGAAAAAAUCCAAGGAAAAAUCUAAAGAGAAAGAACAAAACGCUGCUGCUGAUGAAGAGGAGGAAGAGGAAGAAGAUGAAGAAACCGAUUCCGAGGAGGAGGAAGAUGAUGAUGAUGAAAAUUCUAGAUUUAAAAACUCUUCACGUCCUCGUGAUGAAUCACCUGAAAGUAAGAAAGCUCGCAAGAAGGCUGUUAAGGAAGCCAAGGCCGAAAAACGUAAAGUCAAGAUUAAGAAACAUGUUAAGAAACGUAAAGAGAAAAUUGGCAGUGCCAAUAAAAAGUAGUUUUUUUUUGUAUAUUUUUCUUGAUUUAAUUUUUAUGCUGUAUAUUUUUACAGACAUAUUUUACUUGUAAAUUAUUUUGAUUUUUAUUUUUAAUUAUAGAAUAAAUGAAUGGACCUUUAUUGUAA